GGGAGCCAUGGUGAUAAGGGGUGGUGAUGAAGGGUGUUGGUGGAAAGAAAACAGAAAGAAAAAACAAAAAGCGGUCAGAAAUUAGUGGUUUAUAUCCUUGGUUUCUAAUUCAACUCCAGGGCCGAAAUCCUGCUUUGGUGUCGGUGUUGACGCGGCGACAGAGAGUGAGAAGUGGAUGUAAAUUUGAGCAUGGUGAUGGUGCAAGACUUGGUGUUUUGGUGAAGCCUUGAGAGGAAGAGUUUUUGAGCCACUGUGAGGAGAAUGUCAAAGUAUUUGGCCAUGUUGGUAAGUCCAAGGUUGCCAUCAUUGUCAAGAGCAACGGACGCUGUGUGGAGACUUGCCCCUUUUCCUGACCAAGGCAUUACAAGCGGAGGGGUUAGGGUUAUGGUUAAUUCAGAGAGGCUAUUGUUUUGCUUGCUCCUAUCCCGGCGGGUAGGCAUGAAUGAUUCACAUCCGCGCGAUUCUCUGGAGUUGCCUCUCCAGGUAGAACCUACUUUGAUCGGUAUACCUUUGAGCGAAGUUGGGGUAUCGCUGAGACAUGUAUGACGAAGCAACCACAGUCUACAGGACCACAGCAGGAUCAUCAACUCUGUGCGGAAGCAACGUCUUGAAACACGCCGCGCGUGGCUUGCAGCUGAGCUUCAUCAUGCGGUUGGCAAAUGGGGCAUACCAUUAUUCAUCGCAGCUGCUGUGCGGUUUGUGGCACUGGUUCAUCUCGUCUUUACUGGCACAGACCGAUCGUCUGUGUCCGCGUAACUAGGCCGCAUUAGUACGAGGGAAAGGUUGUGGAUAUGCAACAAAAACAUGGAAUGAUGAUGAUGAGGGGCGUCGAUGCGUGAGAGACAGGUCUAUAAAGUCCAUGACAGCCCCGUUGGAGAUCAGACUCAGGGGCAGACAUCUUCAAAAUUCCACGCCUUCUUACAUUCCAUACUAUUAUUGAUUAUACAAUGACUCGUCCGGCCAAAACCAAAGCCAUCAUGCCCGCCGAAGAGGCCAAGGACACCACCCACGAGGUGAUCAGCUCCUACUUCAUUGGCCCCCGCGCCGAGAACCUCCCCCAAUUCCGAGAAAACAUCACCACGAUCCUCGACGAACUCCAACUCGCCCGCAAGAACUACUUUGAACAAGAUGAAAACGACUUCACCUUCAUUCCCUCCUCUAUCCAGACCUCUCCCUCCUUCCUCGCCUCCGCCGCCCGGACCAAGACCGCCGUCCAGCAAACGGCGCGCCUCCUCGGCCAGCACUCCAUCCCCUUUUGGUCCCCCCGGUACCAAGCUCACAUGUGCACCGACCUCAGCAUGCCUGCCCUGCUGGGCUACUUCAUGACCAUGCUCUACAACCCCAACAACGUUGCCAUUGAAGCCUCCCCCUUGUCCACCGUCGCUGAGAUCGAAGUCGGUGAGCAGCUCUGCGAGCUGUUUGGUUUUGAAGAGCAGGACAAGGCCUGGGGCCAUGUCACCUGCGAUGGCACCGUUGCCAACAUUGAAGCUCUGUGGGUGGCGAGAAACCUAAAGUAUUACCCGCUGUCUGUGAGGAAGGCAAUGGAUGACGAAGAUGGCCCGUUGAGAUUUAUCAGUGAGGAGUUCAAAGUCCGAACUUGUGAGGGCAGGUCGAAGCUGCUGAAGGAGAUGAGUUUGUGGGAGAUGGUGAACCUGAGGGUGAAAACUGUUGUGGAUAUCCCCGGGCUCUUGCACGAGCAGUUUGGGAUCACGCCGGAGUGGUUGGAGAAGGCGAUGGCAGAGUACAAUGUUCAGACGGUAGGGAAGGAGGCGCUGAAUCGACAUUUUGGGGUUGGUGAGGGGAUGGAUGGGCAGUUCUUUGUGCCCAGCACCAAGCACUACUCCUGGCCCAAAGCAGCAGCGCUGGUUGGAUUGGGGUCCGAUAAUGCUGUCAGUGUUGGGGUUGACCAUGAUGCGAGGGUUGAUCUUGAUAAGCUGGAGAAGCUGCUGGAGGAGCGGUUUGCUAGGCAACAGCCUGUUUAUUCGGUUGUAGCUGUCAUUGGGUCCACGGAAGAAGGGGCCGUGGAUCCGUUGGAGAAGAUCCUGGCCAUGAGACAGCGAUUUCAAGCACGGGGCAUGUCAUUUAUGGUUCAUGCCGAUGCAGCCUGGGGAGGCUACUUCGCCACGAUGCUGCCUCGAGAGGGCCAGGAUGAUGCCGACAGAGACGGGGGCGAUGACGGCCUUGUGCCGGACCUGAGCUUGAGGGUCGAGACACAACAAUCUCUCUUUGCUUUGCGGUACUGCGACUCGAUCACGGUCGACCCCCACAAGGCAGGGUACAUCCCCUAUCCUGCUGGUGCACUGACGUAUCGAGACGGGAGGAUCAAGAAUCUUGUGACAUGGACAAGUCCGUACUUGUCUCGAGGGGCAGUCACCAGUAUUGGGAUUUAUGGUGUGGAGGGAAGCAAGCCAGGUGCAUCAGCUGUCUCGACAUGGCUGUCUAACAAGUGCAUAGGGCUUGAUCAGAAGGGAUACGGCGCUCUUUUGGCAGAAGCAUGCUUCACCUCGUCUCGUCUCUCGGCCCUCUGGGCCGCACUCUCCACCCCAAGAGACUCGUUCGUCUGCACUCCCUUCAACGCAUUGCCUUCAGAAUCCUCUUCUGAUCCGAGGGAGGUCGAGCGAGAAAAGCAGAGAAUCAGAGAAGAAAUCCUCAACAAGUCAAACACCGAGAUCAUCGCCCAGGACAGCAUCACCAUAAACCAGGCCGACAAAACCAUCACACUUCUCCGCGCCCUUGGCUCGGAUCUCAAUAUCAACGCCUUUGCUCUCAACUGGCGCCACCCAGAUGGCUGCCUCAACACCGAUGUUGAAGAAGCAAACUACCUCAUGGAGCGUGUCAUCAGUCGUCUAUCGGUCGACCAUCCUGAUGACAACCCUUCUUCCAUCCCAUUGUACUUGACCUCCACAGAGUUUGAGUACAAGGACUACGGAGACUGCGCCACCAACUUCAAGCGACGUCUCGGGCUUGACACCAGCACCCCUCACGAAAAGCUAAUGGUGCUUCGUAACGUGGUGAUGAGUCCCUUGGCAACCAUGGACGGAGACCACGGCCGAUUCAUCAACAUGCUCGGCGAGACUUUCCGAGAGCUUGUCGAAAAGGAAGUCAAAGUAUGCCAGGCACGAAACGACGACAGCCCAGAUUAUCACAGCUUCUGGAUCAGAGGCCGUGGCACGGCCAGGACUGUUUACCUGUCUUACAGACCCAUGUUCCACCUCGCCAAGCACCGCAAGCAAAUCAUUCUGGAGGCAGAGUUUGCCAGCGAAGAGGGUCAGCGGGCGUACAGCCUGUUGGAAGGCAACACAGGCGACGAUGAGAUCAUCCUCAAAACCUCUGACAAAAUCGACCUCGACUCUUUACUUUCCUCCAGGACAUCCAGCACAACCCUCGUCGGAAAUCUCAGCACCUCGUCCAAUGGCACCAUCCUCCCCCGCACCCCCCUGACCAUCCUCUCCAUCCUCAAAAACCGCCCCUUGAACACCUCCUCCCACGACGACACCUACCCCUCCGGCUUCUGCCCGUUCUACCUCUACGGCCUCCCCAGCCAUACCUCCUCCCCAUCAGAAACCCCCCACCAGCUCUACAUCGACCACAUCCUCACCAAAUCCCCCAACAUCUUCCUCUCCUCCCCCAUCGAACUAACCCUCGACAAUGAACAGCCCAUCCCCUUCUCCACCGCCCUCACAAAAGGGGCAAUUCUCGCCCUCGAAGGCAUCCACGAAGCAGCACUCCAACCCUUCCCCGCUGACCACCCCCUUCCCGCAAACUUCUUCUUCAACCCCGGGAGGGAGUUUAGAGUAUCGAUAUGGGGUGACGAUCGCGCACCUGAUGCUAGCGCGAGGGGUCUGCUGACAGAAAUCAAAAAGACCGAACCCAUAGCUAGGGGGAAACUCGUCCUGAAAGAAGACGUCGGGGGUAUGGUGGUGGAUGUGGAGAGGAUUAACCGGGAUCCGUGGAAGGAGACGGAGGAGCAGAAGGUCAGUCUCUGGCGGAAGAGGUUUGGCAAGGUUGGGAAGGAGAUUGAUAGGGGGGUUUCAAUAUCUGGGGGGAAGAGGGAGGCCACAACGAAUGGGGUGGUUGCGGAUGGGAAUGGGGUGCGUGUUUGUCCGAACUGUGGUGAGUAGGUUAAUUGGAAGAG